GCCAGUGCAGAACAGGGGUCCGACCGAAGGGAGAUCAGACGCGGACGACACGUAACUAUUCAAAAGAACAGAAUAAUAAUAACCUCCACAUUGGUACAGAUCCAUUGGCAGGCGAUCAGCAGCAAAUUACCGAGACGGUCCAGACCUUCGACAUUCGCGAUCGCGAUUCUCUUUAUCCAGCGCCCUGGUCCCAAUUCCUUUGCGCAAUCCCAAAACCCUCUGCAAACCUACCCCCAAUUUCGCAUGCCUCAGCGAUAGGGACGACUUUAUCGACAGCAGCACGUUCUGCUCGUCAUCCCCAUAUUGUGGGGGACUCAAACAAGAGAAAAAGAUGGCUUGGCCGCGCCUCUCACGGUCUGCGAGUCCAGGAGGGAAUAUAUUACCAUUGGCCCAAUUACCAGCCAUCAAUGCUGCGAAUUCAGAACCACCCUCGCGACCACAGUCGAGGGCCAGGUCGAGGUCAAGGAGCAGGCAUAGUCGAUCCUCCUCGUCUAUGGCCAAGUCAAUAGCAGACGAAUUCGCCAGUCUUACCCCCGCCGAAACAGCUGAGCGAUUGCAGACCUCUCUCACAAAUGGCCUCACUCCGGCCGAAGCCCUUGCUCGAUUGCACGACCAAGGUCCAAACGAGCUCUUUCAUGAAGAACCCGAGCCUUUGUGGCUACGAUUUUUGAAGCAGUUCAAGGAGCCCCUGAUCCUCCUCCUGCUUGCUUCUGCGGGCGCGUCUGUUCUGGUUGGAAAUUCUGACGAUGCCAUCAGUAUAUCUGUAGCAGUCACAAUAGUUGUGUCUGUAGGGUUUAUUCAAGAAUAUAGAUCGGAGAAGUCAAUCGAGGCUUUAAACCACCUGGUACCGAACCAUGCACACUUGAUUCGAGCGGAGGUGAAGCCUCCAAGCCAGCGGACACCCACGUGGCCACCAAGUACCGGUCAGGCGCCAGAUGCGGAGGGACUGAUGGGCUCGACUUCGACUGAGGAUGCUGAGGCCAAGAUGGAAGCUACGUCGAGCAAAGUCAUGGCGGCGCAACUUGUCCCUGGGGACCUGGUUCUCUUUACGACCGGUGAUAGGAUACCCGCCGACAUACGUGUGACGCAGGCUACGGAUCUGUCAAUUGACGAAUCUAACCUCACUGGGGAGAAUGAGCCUGUCAGAAUCACGGCUGCAGCAAAGCUCGGGAUGCCUUUAUCCAGAUCUUCGUCAAACCAUCUGGAGGCACCAGGUGUACGAGAAUAUGCAUCUGCUGGAAGUGGUACUGUUGGAGCAGAUACCCACUUGAACAACACCACAAAUAUCGCGUUUAUGGGAACACUGGUGAGAUCUGGAUAUGGGCAGGGGAUUGUGUAUGCAACGGGUGCGAAUACAUAUUUCGGUACCAUUGCAGCAAGUGUUUCCGAGACGGAAAGCCCUCGAACCCCUCUACAGCUCAGUAUGGAUGCGCUCGGAUCGCAACUAAGCCAAGCUUCAUUCGUCAUCAUUGGAGUGAUAUCAUUCGUCGGUUGGCUUCAAGGCAAGGGGCUUUUAGAGAUUUUCACAAUCUCUAUAUCAUUGGCCGUUGCUGCCAUUCCUGAGGGUCUUCCUAUCAUUGUCACAGUCACCCUGGCGCUAGGGGUACAUCGCAUGGCACAGUAUAAUGCUAUUGUGCGAAAGAUGCCGAGUGUAGAGACCCUCGGAUCCGUCAAUGUUGUAUGCAGUGACAAAACGGGCACCCUCACAAUGAACCACAUGACAACAACGAAAGUGUGGUACUUUGAUGCAGAGGCACCCAUCCAGGUUGAUUCCGACGACGAAGCCACUGAAGCAAAACCCGAUCCGGCAUUGUUGAGAAUUCUGCGCAUUGGGAAUAUAGCUAACAAUGCGCGCCUCACACGACAUGCACAAGAAACAUCGGCCUCAUCGAUAGCUGUGCUUUCUUCUACUCAAAGCCACCUGCCCGGUCAAGGACUUCGAAGUAGAUGGGUUGGACAGCCUACAGAUGUCGCAAUGCUCGAUAUGAUGGAUCGAUUUAAGGAACACGACGUUCGAGAGGGACUCGGUCACCGCCUUGGCGAGACCCCGUUUAGCUCAGAGAGGAAAUGGAUGGGCGUCACUAUAGGAGACAAUGGGACCGACGGUACCUCCAGUACGAAGGAAGUGGCAUAUAUCAAAGGUGCUGUUGAUCGGAUCCUGGAGCGAUGUGACACCUACCUCACCAAAGACGGCCGUGAAGUUGUCUUGGAUUCAUCCCGGAGACAAGAAGUUCUAGAUGCGGCUGAGAAGCUUGCUAGAGAAGGCCUCCGAGUGCUUGGGUUCGCGAGUGGUCCAGUAUCAAAGCAUGCUAGAUUACUUACGGCUCCUAUGAGUCGAAGUGGAACUCCUAGUAACACACAUACUAGCAGGACCGCGGAACCCCCAGUUUCACACAAUGAGGACGUAUACAAGGGCCUCGUCUUUGCAGGUCUUGUUGGAAUGAGUGAUCCCCCUCGCGCUGGUGUUCAAAAGUCAAUUAGACGUCUCUUGCGGGGCGGAGUGAAGGUUAUCAUGAUCACAGGCGAUGCCGACACAACAGCUCUAGCUAUUGGGAAGAAACUUGGAAUGGCUAUCGCGACGCCACGUGAGCCGACAGCGAAUUCUGUUGCUGUCAAACCCAUUUUACGAGGGGACGAGAUCGAGGAAAUGUCUGACGAAGAGCUACAAGCCGCCAUUGCCAACACCUCGAUAUUUGCACGUACUAGUCCUGAGCAUAAAAUGAAGAUCGUUCGCGCGCUUCAAGCACGUGGUGACAUUGUUGCGAUGACAGGAGACGGUGUGAAUGAUGCUCCAGCACUUAAGAAGGCCGAUAUAGGAAUUUCAAUGGGGUUGAUGGGCACUGAUGUUGCCAAAGAGGCAGCAGAUAUGAUAUUGACGGACGACGAUUUUUCCACCAUACUUCAUGCAAUUGAAGAAGGAAAGGGAAUAUUCAACAACAUCCAGAAUUUCCUGACCUUCCAACUGAGUACAAGUGCUGCAGCACUAAGCUUGGUGUUUUUCUGCACGUGUUUUGGAUUCAAGAAUCCGCUGAACGCGAUGCAGAUUCUCUGGAUAAACAUUAUUAUGGAUGGACCUCCCGCCCAAUCGCUUGGCGUCGAGCCUGUUGACCCCGACGUUAUGACUCGCCCUCCUCGAAAACGUAACGCACCGGUCCUCACCUGGCCUCUCAUAACCCGUGUCAUGACCUCCGCUGUUAUCAUAAUGAUAGGCACCAUGGUGGUCUACACUCAUGAAAUGCUGAAAGAUGGAGAAGUUACGAAGCGUGACACAACAAUGACUUUUACCUGCUUCGUCUUAUUCGACAUGUUCAAUGCUUUGAACUGCAGGUCUGAAAGUAAAAGUGUGCUAAGAGGCGAGGUACCGCUGUUUGGUAACCGCCUAUUUAACUGGGCGGUUAGCCUGAGCUUGGGAGGGCAAAUCCUCGUUAUUUAUUUCCCAUGGUUGCAGGAGGUUUUCCAGACGGAGGCUCUUGGAUUUACGGAUUUAUUAGGUUUGGUCCUAUUAACAAGCAGUGUUUUUUGGGCAGAUGAAGCUAGAAAAUGGUGGAAAGCUAAGGGGAAGAGGAGAUUAGGGGGCGGGUAUAGCCAGGUCGUUUAGUCGUAACAUGAUGCAUGGGUGCAACAGGAAAGACAAACGGGGUUCGGAAGACAUUGUAUAGAUAGUUCGAAUUAGCAGGCCAGGU